UACGCAACCAGGAAACAUGCGGAAAAGCCGGAAAAACUCAAAUGUAUUGAAAACACUUUAAACGCAAAUUUGAUAAAAUCGCGUUUUUUUAACAAUAAUAAUUAAUCCGUAAAUCAUGAUACAUCUUAAAUACAUCAUACAGAUAAUUUUAAUGCACCUGAGCAGAUGACUGAUUAGAUUGAAUGCUCGCAGCUAAGUCCAGCCUAGAACUCUGAAAAACAGAAGAGAAUUCAGUAUUUCUGCAUAAACACAAAGCCUGCAGGCAAUGGCUGAAACGGAAAUAAAAGUCGCCUUCGUGAGCAACCUCAACGGCACCACGCUGACAGAAGUAUCUCUCGGAUCCUUCCUCGCCCCUCUCUGCCUUCUCAGUCGUGGCUUGUUCUUACUAGUGUUUCACCUCAAUAAAGGCGUUCUCCCACUAAGCAGCACUGCUCACCUUCUGAUGGAUUUCAGCCUACUGAUAGCGCCGCUGGUCCUCUCGUGCACCAUCCUUAGCGACGUCCUUCUUUGGGUCAUAAUAUCCGUGACUGUCGUUGAUGUUUGUGCAGUUUCUUUCCUGUACUCGUAUAGACAGAAAAAGCCAGGUUUGAUUUACAGCUUCACAAACAGCCAUGUUGAGUCCAAAGUGGUGCCUUUUUUGACCGCGUUCAGGGUGCUGGUUAACAUCAAGACGGCUAUCAGCAUCCUAGCUGUGGAUUUUAGCGUUUUCCCAAGGAGAUACGCCAAAACGGAGACGUAUGGGACAGGGGUUAUGGACUUUGGAGUGGGAGCUUACGUUAUGGCCAAUGCCAUGGUGUGUCCCGAAGCUAGAGGGAAAAAAGUACACGGUUCGAAACUGAGCCAUUUGGCGAAGCAGCUUUUUUCCGUCUGGCCCCUGGUCGUGCUGGGUUUUGCCAGGCUGGCGAGCAUAAAGUCGACAGGCUAUCAUGAACAUGUCACUGAGUACGGGUUGCACUGGAACUUCUUUUUCACUUUAGCCAUAGUGAGAGUGGUGGCUUCGAUUAUACUCGCCGUGUUUCCCGCCAACGUCUCCUGGCUCUUGUCUUUACUGAUCAGUGGAGUUUACCAAGUCAUCCUAGAGACAACAGAUCUGAAAUCAUUUCUUACUCAGAACACGGAACGCACUGGCUUCGUGCAAGCCAAUAAAGAAGGCAUAUUCUCUGUCGUGGGUUAUGUUGCUGUCUACAUGGCUGGAGUUCAGGUCGGUGUCUAUCUAAUGCAGACUCGAACCUUGGUCAAGGAUUGGAUCCGAGUUAUCCGGAACCUUCUCCUGGGAAGCUUUGGUCUCUGGGUUGCUUUACAUGCCUGUCAGACACACAUCGAGCCGGUCUCGCGUCGCAUGGCCAACCUGCCGUUCUAUAUAUGGACCGUAGCGCAGUCUCUGUUUUUUCUUUCGUGUUUGGGCGCAGCUGAUAUCGUGUUGCUUUUCGCAAAAGCGGCAUCCAAUUUCUCCGCCGUAUCAGUCUCUUGGAAUCCCCGUCGCUGUUCAGAAGCAGAACGGAAAAUAAGAAGUAGACUGGACACUUUGUGUUUAAUUCAGUCUGUAAACAGGAAUCAGCUGCUGUUUUUCCUGCUUGCGAACGUGAUGACCGGAUUAACCAACAUACUCGUAGACACUUUAAAAAGCAAUGAUUUCUUUGCAGUUUAUGUUUUGCUCUCAUACAUGUUCAUGAACAGUUUAUUCAUAUUCAUUUUACAUGUAAAUCAAAUAACAAUGAAAUUUUGGUAAUUUGUAUAAAAAAAACUUAUGUUUGAGUCGGUUUAGAAAAAAUCACUACUGUGCAUGAAAAUAUCGUUUAAACAAGAUUGUUGGUUAUAAUUAUAACCAAGCUGUUAUGUAUCAAUCAAUUAAUUUAUAUCAAAUUAAAAUAUAUGUGAUGUAUCAAAUAAAAAAAGGGAAUCAAAGUGAUCUUACUCAAUGCUAAAGUGUGUGUUUUAAUACCAAUAAAGAAGAUAUAAAGAUGGAGUCUUUGGAGUUAGGGAAACCAGAGAGAGUAACUUAGACACAUACCACCUAUUUAAACAUUGAAAUAUUGUAACAUAUUACGUUGUAGUUGAUUGGCCCUGUAUUUCUGUGGGAUUUCCUGGAAAAACAAGUCCAACCUGUAGAGGCUCCACCGUCCCACAUACCAAAGCACACCUUCAGAGCUCUAGUGUAGUCCAUGGCUCUGGAUGAUCUAGAAAGAUUGUGCAAAGAGGCAUGGUCAAAGAUCCCUUUAUCUGUAUUCUCUUGUCUUGUGAAUUGUUAUAGCUGGAGAUUAAGUGCUGUUUUAGGAUUGUAUAAAGUAUUAACAUCU